UCCAACCUUUAAUUCGUGUGGCAGUUGCGGCGUCUGCGUCACCUUCAUUCAAGCUCCUUUGAACUCAAUAAUGGCUCCGCUCCUUCCGGAUUGAGCUUCAGACCCACAAUAAUGGAGCUCUUCUCCGCCAUUAAUCCUUCCCCGGACCUCCACUUCCUCUCACUCCGUUCUCUCACCGACUGUCAUAAUCUUGCCCCUCCCAAUCUUCUCCUCCGCCACUGUCCCCGCCCCCUCAAGCCUCUCGCUCGAUACCGCCUUCUGUAUUUGCGAGCGUCCUCCACCUCCGGCGCACCUGAUCUUCCCGCCACCGUGCCGGAGCAUGCCGGCGGGAAAUUAGUGGUGGAGCUCAUCGGAGCCUUCAAUGAGCUUACCGAUAGGAUGAAUCUCAAUUCCACUAGUUCGUCUGUGAUCCUCUUCGUCACUCUCAAGCUCUCGAUCCCUAUUUUGCAGAGUUUUCCUCUGCUACCAGAUGGCCGCUCUCCGCUCUCCAAGGCCUUGUCUGUGGCUCUUAUUCUCGCCGAUCUCCAGAUGGAUGCAGAAGUUAUAUCCGCAGGCAUUCUUAGAGAGGUUAUGGAGACUGGGGGAAUAUCCAUUCAGGAAGUCAAGAACCAGAUAGGCAUUAGUACUGCUCAUUUACUGCACGAGAGCCUACGUGUGAAGCUGAUUCCUUCAAGAGUCGAUAUUUUCGACGACGAUAGUUCAGCUGCUUUAAGAAGGUUCUGUCUUACAUAUUAUGAUAUUAGAGCCUUGAUUUUAGAGCUGGCUCUGAAGCUUGAUUCAAUGAGGCAUCUCCAAUUCUUGCCAAGAUACCAGCAGCAGAUGCUUUCUCUUGAGGUUUUGAAGAUCCAUGCACCAUUGGCAUUUGCAGUAGGAGCCAACUUCUUAUCACUUCAGUUGGAGGAUCUUUCUUUUCGUUACUUGUUUCCUUGCUCCUACUUCUACGUAGAUUCGUGGUUGCGAAGCCACGAGUCGGGAAGUAAGUCUUUGAUCGAAACAUACAAGGAUAAGUUGGAACAGUCCUUGAAGAAUGAUCCUAUAUUAACAGAGAUGGUGGAAGAUAUUUCUGUCAAAGGUCGCUAUAAGAGUCGAUCUAGUACCAUGAAGAAACUUCUGAAAGAUGGUCGAAAACUCGAGGAAGUUAACGAUAUUCUAGGAUUACGCGUCAUACUGAAGCCUAGGUCCGGGACGGAUUCAUCAGAAAUGGGUGAGAGAGCUUGCUACCAGGCAGGUGAAAUUAUAAAGUCACAGUGGAAAGAGAUACCCCAUAGGACUAAAGACUAUAUUGCAAGGCCAAAACCCAAUGGCUAUAAGAGCUUACACAUGGCUGUGGAUGUGAGUGAAGAGAGCAAGACAAAGCCAUUAAUGGAAAUACAGAUACGAACUACAGAGAUGGACAAAUUGGCUGCUGGUGGAACAGCAUCACAUUCAUUAUACAAGGGAGGUCUCACAGAUCCAGAAGAAGCUAAGCGGCUCAAGGCCAAAAUGUUGGCUGCAGCUGAACUUGCUGCUCUACGUCUUAAAGAUUUUCCAUCGUCUAACUAUAAAGGGAUACAUACUGACCAAAGAAGUCGAGUUUUUGGUCUUCUCGACAAGAACGGAGAUGGUAGGAUAAGCAUUGAGGAGCUUGUUGACGUCAUGGAAGACCUCGGUGUUGACGCCGCCGGAGAAGAUGCACGAGAGAUGAUGCAACUUCUGGAUUCAAAUAGUGAUGGCUCUCUUAGCUCCGACGAAUUCGACUUUUUUCAAAAACAGGUUGAAUUCAUACGCAGCUUGGAGAACAGAGAUGAUCAAUACAAGGCUAUACUAAAUGAUAAGCUCCAAAAUGACGACGACAGUGGUUUGAUACAGGUCUAUAGUGAAGAGCUCGGCAAUCAACUUGCCACAUAGUCUCGGUAUCAGACUACCAUUUAUCUCGACGAGGUUAGGAAACUAAGUUUCUUUUGAGUUACAUUUUUAGCUUCAUGGUUGUGAAUAAUUGUUUAUAAGGUUGAGAAAAAAAGCCAAUCGACUUGCCACAUAGUCUUGGUAUCGGACUGCCAUUUAUCUCGACGAGGUUAGGAAAUUAAGUUUCUUUUGAGUUACAUUUUUAGCCUUCAUGGUUGUGAAUAAUUGUCUAUAAGGUUGAGAAAAAAAAGCCAAUUCCUGUGCAG